GGGGGAGGGCUCCGGCCGCGAUGGCGCCCUGGCUUUGGCGGUCAUGUUAGCUUCGGGCAAGAGCUUCGCCUCGGUCCUCGGUUUCCGCUGCCCCGCUUCCGGCCCACGGCAGUCGAGACGGCCGCGCUCGGAGGAAAGGCGCCGCGGGUGAACGAGUGGCGGAGCUGAUGGUGGACGACGGUGCGUGAAGGGGACGCUCAAUGGCCGGGAAGAGACCGUCUGGCUCGGGCAGGCAGCGCUGGCUGCUGGGGCUGCUGGUGGCCGUGGCCGCCGUCCACCUGGUCGCCUGUCCCUACACCAAGGUGGAGGAGAGCUUCAGCCUGCAGGCCAUGCACGACCUGCUCUACCACCGGCUGGACGUGGACAAGUAUGACCACCUGGAGUUCCCCGGCGUGGUGCCCAGGACGUUCCUCGGGCCGCUGGUGGUCGCAGCGCUGUCCAGCCCUGCGGUCUGCGUGCUGUCCCUGCUGGACGUGUCCAAGUUCUACUCUCAGCUGAUAGUCAGAGCGGUGCUCGGGCUCGCUGUGAUUUUCGGACUCUGGACUUUCCAAAAAGAAGUGAGACGGCAGUUUGGGGCCACGGUGGCCACUACGUUUUGCUGGAUGACGGCCACACAGUUCCACAUGAUGUUCUACUGCACGCGGACACUCCCCAACGUGCUGGCCCUGCCCGUGGUGCUGCUGGCGCUGACGGCCUGGCUGCGGCGGAGCUGGGCCCGCUUCAUCUGGCUCUCGGCACUGGCCAUCCUGGUCUUCAGAGCCGAGCUGAGCCUGCUCCUCGGCCUCGUGCUGCUGCUGCUGCUGUGCACCGGGCGCAUCUCCGUGGCCCAGGUCCUGCGCCAUGCCCUGCCGGCCGGCGUGCUCUGCCUCGGGCUGACGGUGGCUGUGGACUCCUGGUUCUGGCGCUGCCUCGUGUGGCCGGAAGGAAAAGUUCUUUGGCUGAACAAUUACAGGAAGUCUUGGCUGUACAAGGCAGGGUCCCUCCUGGUGAUAGCACACCUCGUGGUGAAUGCCGCCUACUCGGCCACGGCCCUGUACGUGUCCCACUUCAACUAUCCUGGCGGCGUGGCCAUGCAGAGGCUGCAUGAGCUGGUGCCCCCCGGGACAGACGUCGUUCUGCACGUGGACGUGGCUGCUGCACAGACGGGCGUGUCUCGGUUCUUGGAAGUCAACGGGGCCUGGAGGUACGAGAAGCGGGAAGAUGUGCAGCCCGGGUCGGAGGACAUGCUGGCCUACACGCACCUGCUCAUGGAGGCGGUCCCCGGGCACCUGGCGCUCUACCGCGACACGCACCGGGUGCUGGCCGGCAUCGUGGGCACCACUGGGGUGAGUCUCAACCUGACCAGGCUGCCUCCCUUCGACGUCAACCUGCAGACCAAGCUGGUGCUUCUGGAGAGACUCGGGGGGCCUUCCUCAGCGCACCCUUCCAGAACUAGAUAGCACGGUGAAACGGCAGCCCUGGGGGACGGGCCCCACAUCACCGCCGCUGAGAACACGGACUGGGGGGCUGCCCGGAGCACCUGCCUGCUGGACCGCGUGUGCCCCCACUCCCGCGUCCUGAGCUGCGGGGCCAGUCCUCCCUUGUAGUCACAGGUGCGUGUUUCCAGGUGAAAUUUUACGAGAUGCACGUGUUCAAAAAUGAAUGAGAAUUAAAAUUGGUCAUCUCAUAAUGUGAUAUUUUCAGAGAA